AUGACCCAGCUCCGCAAGAGUUAUUUCUGGAGUCCUUCAACGUGGAAACUUCGUUUGAAGCAUGGAAGUCGUACCCAGUCAACGACCAGCACAGCUGAGGAAUUUCAUUCCGCGCAUUCCUUCAUCCUUAACAACCAUAUCGACCCAAUGAAGAACCCCGUCGAGGAGCGAAGCGAGGCCGUCCCCAGAUACUCCUCCUCUGUAUACUCGGAGCAUGAGGACGCCUGCUCCCCAGUUCUUCGCCUCUCUAACAAUAAGAAUAAGAAAGAGGACCUGACUGGAUGCCUGAAAAGAAAGAUGAAAAGCUUGACGGCCCCCAACCAGAUGGCGCCAAACCGACGCCACUCUCGUCCGUACGCGGUGAGCAGCGGUGAAUGGGUUUUGGUACCAACUACCGAGUCCUCUCUGGGCCGGAUAGGGCAGGUGCUGUCCCUUGAUGAUCUAACUGAGAUGCAAUUCUCGUACCAUUUUGAUACAGCACUCAAGGUGUUUAUCAAGGUUUAUGCGAUGGCCAAAGUGAUGGAGGUCGCUUUCUUGAGCUACGGUUGUGAGCUUGAUAACGCUGAGACAGGCCUGCAGUACUGGAUCAAGCAUGCAGAGGCAGAGGUCAGAACCAAUUCGCUUGCUGUCCUAAUUGAGGUCGUGGAGAAUCUUUUUUACGCCCUCUAUUCCCGAGUGAUCAUCGAAAUGGCUGGCAUCGAACUGUGUGCUCUCUUCAAACUUCAACUGCGGCCGGCAGUAGGCUCUCGACAGUUCUUUCUUCCCGACGCGAAUCAUAUGUACCGGCUCUUGCUCGCCUGCAAGGACAACCUCGACGACACCAAUGUCUGUGAGUCGCUACAGGAAGGGGUUGUUCACCAGUGGCAGGAAGGCUUUCUCCGGCGUCUGGCUCUCAAGGAGAUCGAGAAAGGGUUCAACCCUGAUGACAUGCUAGGAUACCGUCGAUUUGCGCAGAGCAUCGUCUCUGAUCCCACCUGUGCCUACGUGGCCAAGUGGCGUUCCCUCGUUCCUUUCUUCGACACCAUCCCGAGCGAGAUCCUGGCGGUCAUGUCCGAGAAAUGGUUCACCGUUCUGCCCAAGGUUGUCCUUCCCGAUGACGUCCCCUCCGGCCAACUCCCCUUCGUUGACCUCAAGCGUGCCAACCCUAUGCAGUGGGAGAAGGAAAUCAUUCUGGACUACCGCCUCGCAACACUGGGUAAGCUGGAAGGUAGAUCGAUUGGAGAGGAGCGUCGUGACGACCCGAAGAUUCGACUUCUGAGCCUGGCCAGGUGUCGCAAGUGUAUCUGCACGUCCGUCUGCUUGUGCUCUUGGGCGUGCACCUACCGCGUUAAGAGCGCGUGUCCGUGCUCUGAACGACACGUGCGCAUCAUGAUGGCCCGUCGCUGCAAGGAAACCGGACCAUUUGACUUCACCAUCCGUGCGAACACGGCUGCUCGCGCCUGCUGGGAGGGCCUCGCAAUGCUUCGACGUGACGUGAAAGACGACACGAUCCUCCUUGAGUGGAGGGAGGCGUUCGAAGUCUUCGAGUUGACGAUUCAGAAGGAGCGCUGGGCUGAUUGA